GCUCGCUUCGUUCGUUUCUCGUUUAUCGUGUUUCGUCAGUUAACGCGGUCGGUUGUGUGGGUGUGUGGAUGUGUGGCGCGUGUCUCGGAAAGGUGUAACUGCGAGCCCGAUCAUUUUGUUAUCCGGGCUCUUAAGGACGGUUGAAGUCCAGACACACAUCGGAAGAACGGAAGAUUUGGCAAAUCGUGGGUAUCCAAGAAGAAAAUCGUGCUUUGGAACACGAGUUUUCAACGAGGAAAAAACAGUGUCGAUAAAAAGCGAGGGAAAUAAUAUUUCGUAUCAUUUGUCAACGGUGUUACACAUCGAAACACGAGAUGUCGGCGAGUACGAGAAUACAAAAUUCGUCACAGCAGGCAAACGGUGAUGGAAAUCUCGGUUCACCGAGAAAGAAACAACGCACUUCGACAUCCGGCCCUUUGUCCAAGGUCACGGUUGUUUUAGGCGCACAAUGGGGUGAUGAGGGUAAAGGAAAAGUCGUCGACAUGCUUGCAUCUGACGCCGAUGUCGUCUGCCGUUGUCAGGGAGGAAAUAACGCAGGUCAUACAGUAGUUGUAGAGGGUGCCCAAUUCUUCUUUCACCUUCUGCCUAGCGGAAUUAUCAAUCCAAGAUGCAAAUCCGUUUUAGGUAACGGUGUCGUGAUACAUUUGCCGGGAUUGUUCGAGGAAUUGGAGCAGAACGAGGCCAAAGGUUUGAAGGAUUGGGGCGAGAGAUUCGUCAUAUCGGAUCGUGCUCACAUCGUCUUCGAUUUCCAUCAGCAAGUCGAUGGUUUUCAGGAACUUGAGAAAGGCACUCAGUCCCUGGGAACAACGAAGAAAGGCAUCGGUCCAACGUACUCGAGUAAAGCAGCCAGAAAUGGACUUCGUAUCUGCGAUCUCCUCGGUGAUUUCGACAAAUUUUCGGAAAAAUUCAAUACUCUCGUUGCUUCUUACCAAAGAAUGUUUCCCGCUCUUCACGUCGACGUUAAAUCGGAACUCGAACGCUAUAAGGGAUACGCCGAACGAAUCAGACCUUUCGUCAAAGAGACCGUCACUUAUUUGCACAACGCUUUGAAAAGCGGUAAAAAGGUAUUGGUCGAAGGAGCAAACGCAGCGAUGUUGGACAUCGAUUUUGGUACUUAUCCGUACGUGACGAGCUCAAACUGCAGUAUUGGAGGCGUGUGCACCGGCCUCGGAUUACCACCGACGACCAUUGGUGAAGUCGUCGGUGUUGUUAAAGCAUACACGACGAGAGUUGGCGACGGACCAUUCCCGACCGAGCUUCGCGAUUCCAUCGGUGAGCUUCUUCAAUCGAGAGGUCACGAAGUUGGCGUAACGACCAAGAGAAAUCGACGUUGCGGAUGGCUGGAUUUGGCUCUCCUCAAAUUCACAGCUUUGGUCAAUGGGUACACAUCAAUAUGUCUAACGAAGCUGGAUAUCCUCGAUACGUUACCGCACAUAAAGGUGUGUGUCGGUUACCGCUUGAAUGGAAAGGAAAUUGAUUAUUUUCCAAGUUCAGCUGUGGAGCUUGGACGUGCCGAGCCGAUAUACGAGACGGUAGAAGGAUGGCGUUCGACCACGGAGGGUGUACGAUCGUUGGAAAAGUUGCCGCCAAAUGCACGAAAAUACGUUGAAUUGAUAGAAGAACAUUUGGAUAUUCCAGUCAAGUGGAUCGGUGUUGGAGCAGGCCGAGAAAGCAUUAUUGCCCUCUGACGAUUCAACGAGUUUAGCCAAUUACUCGAGCGCACCAUUUUCAGUGUAUUAUUAAGGAUAACGACUAUAAAUGUAUUGUUCACAAUUAGAAGCUGAUGCACGCACAAUAAGAAAUGAAGAAAAAAAAGAAGAGAACUUACGGAAAGAAGAAAUUUAAAAACCUUUCAAGAAACUGGCUUGUGUAAGAAGGUAGUAUGUUAGUUGGAAGUCAGUAAAAACAAGCGUUUUAACUUAAUAGAACAUGAAUUAUUAUGAUUGUAUAAUGUAAAUGUCAAUCUUAAAAUAGUCAUUAAUUGCUGUUUGAUUUGAAUUUAUGAACUACGGGCAAGAGGGCGAGGGAAGAAAGGGCUAAUAAUAUCGUGUUAUUUGACUUAUAUGUGUAUAUAUUCGUCAUAUCCAUAAAUAGAAUACUUCACGGUAUUGUACAAAUAUUUAA